GUAUACGCACAAUCAGCUGCUAACAUCCUUUGGUCGUGAAGCAAAUUGGUCGUGUAACACCGUGUAACUGUAUUAGUUGAGAAUUGUAGUCCAAUUAUCCCAGGCCUAGAUUGCCAAUACAAUUUUAGGGACAAUGUCGUUUAGAAAAAUCGUGGCUUCGCCAGUCAUAUGUUUGUACAUUUUGUUCACUUUUUCCAUCGGGAAUCAGGUAAGCGGCACCCCAAUCGGUGCACCUGCCGCAGCCUGUGGUACCAUGACUCCAGAUCAUGGUGUACCUCCGCAAACUAGUGCAUCGCCUUACGUCACGAUUCCAACGCUAAUGCCAGAUGAAUCUGUUCGCUUGACUCUGUUGGUCAACUCAACCGGAAUUUUGACAUUCAAAGGUUUCCUUGUAAUGGCAUUCGAUAAUUCAUUGGGUGACACCGCUACACCAAUUGGUACAUUCAGCGAAAUUGUAGAGGGGACACCUGCUAUCACGCCAGCAAAUUACCUGAAUUGCCUAAGUGGUUCAAAAAAUGCAGCCACACACACUAACAAUACAGAGAAAGUGAUUGUCAAUCUUUUAUGGGUUCCUCCUUCGGGAUUUGACGGGAAUGUUGUCUUCAAGACGACUUUCGUCAGAAAUGUUACAACGUUUUGGGUGAAGACCUUGUCGGACGUUAUAUCCGUUUCUUCUACUACAAAUACUACAACUUCUUCAACUACUACAACUCCUUCGACUACUCCUUCGAUUACUACAACUCCUUUGACUACCACAACAGCGGCGGGAGCCCCUCAGCUGGCUCCGUGGAUUGGAACAAUCUUUUUGGCUCUAGUCACCUUUAUGUUGGCUUCGUCAGCAUAAAUAUUUCUUUAAGAUGAAAUGAAGUUGCUUCUUUACUUUCGUGAUUAACCUAUUGGGUCGAGUGAAACCGGUAAUUGGAUUCUUUAAAUCGUCAAAUAAAAAAAAGAAAUUACAAAUAAAAUAUUACAACCUUUAA